UUGGUGACUCAUCUCCAUGGCUUUUUUAAAAGAGCUCCAGCAGUGGCGAGAGAUACUGAUGACAAACCCAGUGAUGGCUGUGAACCCUUUAUUGACACCAUCAGGACAGCAGACGAUCCCGCUGAUUCCCUCGCCAUUUGGGCCUCCAACUGUGGACAGAGAUGUAUUGCCUUCCACUGUAGCUCCAACUGAUCCAAGACAGUUUUGUGUUCCUCCCCAGUUUGGAUCCUCUGUUCUACCAAACACGAGUAUGCCAAGUGUGUUGUCCAAUCGGAUCUACCCAGGUUGGGGUAUUUUACCACCUGAAUCCAUAAAGGCAGUGGCCAGAAGGAAUGAAAUGAUUCAAAGGCAUCAUACUGCCAGGACAGAAAUGGAAAUGUAUGCUAUUUACCAGCAAAGGAGAAUGGAAAAAAUUAAUCCUAAGGGACUAGCAGGCCUAGGGAUACCAUUCCUCUAUGGCUCCGGUGUCCCCUCUGGUCCCGCUGCCUACCAUGGCAGGAGCAUGCUCCCUGCCAGUGAUCUGCAUUUUCACAGAAGCACCCUCAGAAACCUUCAGGGAAACCCCAUGCUAGUGGCUACUGCACCACACUUUGAGGAGAGCUGGGGGCAGAGAUGUCGUCGACUGAGGAAAAAUACAGGAAAUCAAAAAGUUCUAGACAGUGAUGCUGAGAAUUCCAAAAGUCAAGCAGAAGAAAAAAUCCUAGCCCAGACUCCUGCAAUUCCCUAUCAAGAGGAUCAUUACGCAAAAGACCCAGAAAUUGAAGCACCCAGCAACCAGAAGUCAAGUGAAACGAAUGAAAAGCCAACUACAGCUCUUGCCAACACCUGUGGAGAGCCCGAGCCCACUCAGAGGAAACCCUGGAGAUCUCACACCGCUACCUUGAAAGCAAAGGCCUGGGAGAGUGGGAAAGAGGAGGCUUCAGAGCAGACUUUUGCAGCCUGUGAUGAAAAGAACGGGAUUUGUCCUCCACUUCCUCGACCGUCUCUGCCAGAAACACAUGCACUCCUCACAGUUGGGGGAAAUCUUUCCUUGGAUGAAGACAUUCAGAAGUGGACCGUGGAUGAUGUGCACAGCUUCAUUAGCAGCCUUCCAGGCUGUUCAGACUAUGCUCAGGUAUUUAAAGAUCAUGCAAUUGAUGGAGAAACGUUGCCAUUACUCACAGAAGAGCAUCUUCGAGGCACUAUGGGAUUAAAGCUAGGACCAGCACUAAAAAUUCAAUCACAGGUAUCUCAGCAUGUGGGAAGUAUGUUCUACAAGAAAACUCUUUCAUUUCCUGUAAGACAAGCGUUUGAUCAACCAGCAGAUGCAUCCCCUCUUUUGGAUUCUAAUUCCUGGAGUGAUACAUUGAGCCUUUUUUGUCCCCAGGAUAUAAUAAUUCCUAAAGGAAUUGAGCAAGAUAGUAUGAGAAACUAAAAGCCCUCAAGGACAAAGAAUAGUCUUAGCCAGUUUUCCAAAGAGUCUAGGAUAUUACAAAAGAUGUGUGAGGAUUUCCCA